CCAAAAAAAUCGCGUCAUGUCCAAUAAGUGAACUCAAAAGUUGGUCCUCAGGGUCGAUGAUGGCUCUGCUUUAAUGCUCCUUUCGGUAGCCCACAUCCGACUUCUUACCUUUCUUUGGAUUUUAUAGCUUUCAGACCUACACAAAACGUGCAUAUACGCUGGAACUCCAUCCUCUUUGAUUCCAUUCACAAAUUACAAUCAACUGGUUGUUUAACUAUAACAAUUUCAAUCCAGGAGAUCGGUUCUUGAUUGUAAUUUCAUUUGAUUUCAGCACAACACUUCUACUUCUACUUUAAGUCUUCACUGUAUUAUCAGCACGAUUCCUGGAUAAUCGAUCUGUUAUUUUAUUUGGUUGGAAAUCAGCAUCUUCAAAAUGGAUCCAAAGAAUAAUUUCUCUUUUCAGUCCCACAAUUAUUUUCAGAGACUUUCAAAGGCUUUAGAGUUUGCAGUUUCCGAAUGGCUGCUCAUCUUCUUAUUGUUCAUUGAAGCAUGUUUCACAUACUUGAUUGCAAAAUUCGCAUCCUACUGUCAACUUCAAGGCCCAUGUCUACUUUGCACAAGAUACGAUCAUCUUCUAUCCAAGGAUAAAACAGGAAUUUACUGGGAUUCCAUUUGUAAUCAUCACAAAUCCGAUCUUUCUUCUUUAGUUCUUCGCCAUGUUCAUGAUAAAAACUUGCUUCAUGCCAGUUCAAUUCACAAUGCUUCUGAAUCUUUAUCUGAAAAUGGAGAGCAUUGUAAGAACGAAAAGAACAUUUUCGUGGACAAGUCUCUUGAAUCGUGUAGAUCUUCUGAUCUUCAAAAGGUUCAAAUUAGUCAUUCGUUAGAGGUUGAAUAUCAGAAAGUCGCUGUUAAUUCUGAUAAUGAAUCAGAACUCUUGGUUUCUGAUAAUGAAACUACCCGUGAGGUUCUUUUGAAGUCUGAUUCACAAAUUGAAGUUCCUGAUCUUCAAGAUCUUCCUGCAACCAUUGUAGCACGAGAUGCAGAGGAACUAAAAUGGCAGAAUGAUGAAAAAAAGGAAGAUAUGCCUUUGAUGACUGAGCAAAACUCACUGGAAGAGGCUCCAUCAGCUAAUAUUGCAGAAACUCCUGUGGAUGCAUCUCUAGAGAUAGAUGAUCCUCCGAAAACAAAUGAAGCAAUCAAAGAUCCCAUUACAGAAACCGAAACCGAGCCAUGCACAACUACAAAUGGCCACCAAAUGUCAAACUAUUUAGAUCUUGGUGAUGCUUAUAAACUCGCAAUAAGCACUAAAGCAAGACAACUCUCCGGGAAGUUUCUAGACCAAAAAUCCUUCAAAGAAUCUUCAACAAAAGUCAGCGAAGACCUAAAAAUCCUACUAUCCCACCGAUCCAAUGACAAUCUAAUAAGCCCGAAACUAUCCUUUAAUAACGAUGAACUUUCGGGAAUCCAAUUUCUUCAAAGAAGAAUCUCUUUGGAAAGAAACGAGUCCAAUAUUUCAUUGGAUGGAAGCAUUGUGAGUGAGAUUGAUGGAGAAAGUGUUGUUGAUAGAUUGAGAAGACAAGUUGAACAUGAUAAGAAACUUAUGGGUGCUUUGUAUAAAGAAUUGGAGGAAGAAAGAAAUGCUUCGGCUGUUGCUACAAAUCAAGCAAUGGCUAUGAUUACUAGAUUGCAAGAGGAAAAGGCGGAACUUUAUACGGAAGCUUUACAGUAUUUGAGGAUGAUGGAAGAACAAGCCGAAUAUAAUAGUGAAGCGUUGCAAAAUGCAAAUGAUCUUAUUGAAGAAAAAGAUAAACAAAUUCAAGAUUUGGAAGAUAUGCUUAGGAAGAUGUCGGAAGAUAUUAAAGAAUGAAACCCCAUAUUCAGAUAUUAUUUUUGUGCCUGAUACAUACAUACAUUUAUCUAUGUAUUAGGCAUAACCCUAAACCCUAAACAGAUACAUGCUUGCAUGUAUCAUGCACAAUACAUUAUUGUGCCUAAUAACAUAUAAAGAUGUGUAGUUUUUUUGUUGAGAUUUGGUUACAUAUAGUAUGAGUGUGUCCAAGUUUAUAAUAGAUUCCUUUUGAUUUGGGUGUUUUUUUUGGUUUGUUUUGUUUUUAAUGGUGGAUAUGUGAAGAUAAACGAGACAAUUGUUGAAGAUGUACACUAUACUUUGCGGUUUGAUCAAUGAAGUUUACAUAGGAUUUAAGGAGA